UGGGUUUCCGAUUUGUAAUUAUAAAACUGGUUGGAGAGUGGAGAGGCUUGCCCUGAGACUGGGUCUUCUUCUUCUUCCUUUGGCCUUUCGCAGGUACAGAGCUCCCAAGGAAGGACUCUUCUUCCUUCACCGACCCAUAUAAACUCUCCUUCUCCUCACAUCACAUCACAUCUCUCAUUCUGAUUUGAAGAUGUUAGCAAAGCAACACCACUCUUCUCCUUUCCCUUCUCCUUCUUGUUUUCGCCCCAAUGGCUCCUCCGCCGCAUUAGCCGGCGGAAAUCGGUCUUCCAAGGUGGCGCCGCCGCUUCCCGCUGCUCCCACGCUCGCUACCUCUCUUUACCACACCCAGUUGGGUCUAUUUGCCCUUACUUGGUCCCGCAGCAUCCUUGGUCGGUCUUUUCACCUCCAUUUCGCGCUCGACGAUUCGCCGGCGGAGGAAGACGAAGACGCGGUCAGUACGGCGUCGUUUGCUUCUCUCUCCGCUACUCCAUCGUUUCAUCUCCACAUCAAGCCCUUCAUCUUCUGGAAAAGGCAGGGAUCCAAAAGGCUCCAAAUCGGCGGCGGCGGCGGAAAAAUCAAGACUGCCCAUAUCUUCUGGGAUCUUUCCAGGGCAAAGUUUGGAUCCGGACCCGAACCCAGAUCCGGAUUCUACAUCGCCAUUGUCAUCGACGGCGAAAUGGUCCUCCUCGUCGGGGACUCCCAAAAAGAAGCGUAUUCCAAAACCAGAGCGAAAUUUCCGGCCACUGGCGCCGGCGCCGGCCAAGCCAUGGUGCUAAGGAGGGAACACGUCUACGGCGGCAAACUGUACAUCACCAGAGCCACCGUCGGCGGGCGGGAGCGAAACAUAUCCAUCGAUUGCCGCCUCGCCGGCGACGACCCGAGGCUGUAUUUCUACGUGGACAACAAAAGGGUCCUCCAAGUGAAGCAUUUGAAGUGGAAAUUCCGCGGCAACGAGCGAAUCGAGAUCGACGGAAUCCCCAUCCACGUCUCCUGGGACGUCCACAACUGGCUGUUCGAGGACGACGAAGAUGGCUACGCCCUCUUCAUGUUCAAAUUCGAGAAGCACAGCAGCUUCAGAGACGAAGACUGUGACUACUUGAACCACCUAACCGCCCGGAAAGCGGUCAACAGCUGCGGAUUCGGGUUCGAGACGAAGAUGAUGAAGAAGGGUUUGCUCCGGACGGCGAGAAGCUCGUCGUCGUCUUCGCUGUCGUCGGCGUCGUCCAGCUGUAGUUCGGUCAUGGAGUGGGCCAGCACAGAAGAGAAUGACCUCAAGGGCCCUCCGGGAUUCUCAUUGCUGGUCUAUGCUUGGAAAAGUUAAACAUUUUUUUUUUUUUUUUUUUUUUUUACCAAAAAUCAAAUAUUUUUUCCUUGUUACUAACUCAUUCUUCAAUCUUCAUGUAAGAGUAAUACAAUGAAAAUAUUCAAAAUAAUAAAACCAUAUAUAUAUAAUAUAUAUAUAUUAAGUAACAUCUCAUUGUUUUACUUUCUUCCAUUUGUGAGUGGUAAAUUUUGCUUAAGUUACUGCAGGGGUACGAUGUAAUUGUAAAUUAUGUAAUGUUUUUCCUUGAUUUUGCUCAAAA